AUGCCUGCUGGUGUCGCAGGAACUGACCUCGCCGUCUCCGGUUUGGUUCGAAAUGAAUUGACUGUGGAUGGCACAGAGCGAGGAUGCAAAUUGGGAACGGUUUGGCAGAAAUUUGGCAAGAAGAUUUGCACCGAUGCCCGGAGGAGAGGUCUGUGCCAGCUGAAGGUCCCCGGCAGCGCUGCAGGGACCCACCUCGCGUUGUCCCCGGGUUCAUCGCCAGGCACCAGCACAGGCGGGCCGGUGCAGAACCUGUUGAACGCUGAGGAGCCGGUGACUCACGUCGAGCCCACCCGGCUGAGCUACCUUUUCUGCACCUGGUGGAGAGCGCCAAAUCUAUGCUUUACUGAGACGCCUCUCAACACGGAUUUAGCUGAUGUCCCAUUGCAGGUCACCCACCCUGGCAAGACCUGCCUGGAUUACUACAGGAAUGACAGCACAGUGCUGUCUCUGUAUGGAAACCCAGGGAACGACACAGACUUCACGUGCGACAAAAGGCAGGUCAGGCAGUUUGCCCGAGCCUUCCUGCCCGCGUGUUUCUGGCUCAUCUUCUCUGUGGGCGCAGUGGGAAACGCCUUAGUCGUGGUCAUCUAUUGCAAAUACCGCUUCAGGAGGAGCAUGAUGGACCGGUACCUGCUGCACCUGGCCAUUGCAGACCUGCUCCUCCUCUUCACCCUCCCUUUCUGGGCCAAGGCUGCCUCCGAUGGCUGGGUCUUCAAGAACUUCAUGUGCAAAGUCGUCAACAGCAUGUAUAAGAUCAACUUCUAUGGCUGCAGCUUGUUUCUAACCUGCAUCAGCUUUGACAGGUACAUCACUAUUGUCCAGGCGACGAAAGCUAAAACUUCUAAGCGAAGGCGGCUCCUGCGCAGCAAACUCAUGUGCUUGGCUGUCUGGCUGACAUCCGUGAGCCUGUGCAUCCCGGAAAUCAUGUACAGCCAAAGCACGCAGGUGGGGGAUGUCACGGUUUGCAAGAUUACGUACCCGCCAGACAUCAGCAUGGUCUUCCGAGUUACUGUCCUGGCCUUGAAAGUCACAAUCGGGUUCUUCCUCCCGCUCCUUGUCAUGGUUAUUUGUUACACACUUAUCAUCAACACCCUCCUGCAAACCAAAAGGUCCCAAAAGCAGAAGUCGCUGAAGAUCAUCACCUUGAUCGUCACCGCUUUCCUCCUCUCUCAGUUCCCCUACAAUAUUGUAUUGCUGGUCAAAGCCAUCAACACCUACGCCAGGGUGGCGUACACCUGUCAGGCUGACGACCGGCUGGGGAGCCGGGGUGAAGAGCAGUCCUCCUCCGCCUGCGACAGCCAGGAGCACAGCUCAAACUGGUCCUUCGCCAUGCUGGGGAGGCGGCGCGUGAGGAGCUCCCUGAUCCUCAGCACCCACUUGACCUCCUCCAUUUCAUCCCCUCCUUGCCAAGUCCUCUUGUAA